UUUAGAAAUAUAUUAACUGGGCGAAUAGACCCGGAAGUGUAGAUUCGUUCCACAAGACACUCGGUUUCGCCUCGUCCAUUCUUAGCACGAACAGGUGCGCAAAACUACUGUCUGAGCAUAGCAAGCACAGUCGGUAUGCGCUUUGUACAGAACGCCGUGUCAGGCUGUGAGGACGGCUGAGGAAAUAGGAACGCUCCAGCGUAAAGAGAAUCCGGAGAUAAUUUCUGUCACGAUGAUGACCGCUCCUAGCGCCCCACCUGCCUACGUGGCUGCGCCUCAGCCCGUCGGCCAGCAACAACUGGAGACGGUGCAACCCGCUCCACAGCCUCGAAGUGGUAACUGGACGGGUAUUCUAUGGACAGGAGUCAUUCAAGUGGUUUUGGGUUCCUUGACGACCAUCCUGGGGAUUGUGACCAUGACAGUAUUCAAACGUGUGUUCUAUGUCAGUGAUAUCGGAUCUCCUAUUUGGUGUGGUAUCUUAUUCUAUGUCGUUGCUGGAAUCCUGGGCAUAGUGUCUGGAUGGAAGAAGAAUUCCAGAGUGGCUAUCGGCUACAUGAUCAUGUCCAUCUUGGCUUGUCUGGCUGCGUGCUGCGUCAUUGGUUUUGGGGCUAAUGUGAUGGCAUCCAUCAAUAUAAUCUGCUUUUCGGAUUACCACUACGAUAGUUAUAACGCAGUGAUUUACAGCUGUGAUUUGAAGUUGGCCGUGAAUGGUGUUUAUGGUACAGUGAUAAUUCUCGCCUUAGUGGAGUUUGUUGUCGCCAUAGUUGGUGCCAGCUUGACCUGCGGUCUACUCUGUUGCGGUGGAUCAGCAACUCAGACUGUGAUCCACUACCAACCUCAACCACACGGUAGUAGCUACCACUCAGCCCCAGGGACCGGCCUUCUACAAAGUACCCAUCGGUCAACCAUAAUUUGCCUAUCCAGCCCAGAAGGGGCAGUAUCCGCAGGUUCAAGCGCAACCAACCGAUGAGCAAUAGUACUGGUAUCUCAAUAAAUAGGUCAUCCGUGAACUUUGACCUGAUGGAAUCAUGAUAUCUAUAGGGCUUGAAACAGACUUUAAGUCUUGACUUGUUGUGUUAAGCUGUAUGUUUGUGUGCAUUUAGCUAUUAGCCAAGAAAUUUGUUUAGAGGUAAUACAAUAUGUUGCCCUGGCACCAUUUUGCUAUAAUUAUCAUUAAAUGAAAGUUAGAGUGUUGCAGAUGCUUAAUUUGUAUAAAGUAGCAGAUGAAGAAAAUAUGAUGUACUCAUAUAUUUACUCAGAAGCUGUUAUUACAGAUAAUGUGUAUACUAAAUAAUAAUGUACCAUUCCAGAAAUCACGGACUCGGCUGAAGUUUGGCUGGAUCGGAUGUGAGUUAUUGCCGCAUAUUCUAAGACGUCCGACAAUGAAAGCAAACGCCAAGUUCUCUCUGUUUGUGUUUUGUGCACUCAUUACUACAAAAAUGCUCACCAGCCAAUGCCAACAGUAGGUGUGGUAGUUUACAAAUAAAAGUAUUACCCUUAAACAUUGUACAGGGAGCAUGAUAAAAUAGGCAAUAUUUUGAA